UAAACACUAAAAGAAGAGGACGUAUAAACACAGUUUGAUGACGGGGAAAGCCAUGUUCCCAUUGACCUCUGUAUCUCGUUAACUCGUUUCAUAUUUCACUCCCAGUAGUCUGGUGUUGCGAAACUCUUGGUUUCGGUACUGGGACUCAUUUAGCCAUUAAAAACUGGACCGCUGUUUAAUUUGCAGGUGACGUCACUAAGUGAGUUACGAUACCCAUUUAAAACUGAUCCAAACUGUGCUGUGCUUUGUAUAAACAUGGCGGAGGAAGAGGAGCAAGCCCUAAGGAGCUACUGUAGAAGAAUGAUACAUCGUGUCCGAGACAAACAGCAGCAACUCCAGUCCUCAGAGGAGGACAGGAGGAGACACAAGCGCAAAGAAGCCAGGAGGAGACAGAGGAGCGGCUGUGAGAGACAACUUGUACCCGGGGACGAGUUUAGACAUCCCAGAGAAUGUAGCCUCCCUCUCCCAGGCUGUACAACACCACAGAGAGACCAAACCUCCCCCAAUCUCAUAUGUCAAGGUCCCGGAGUCCAGCCCGUCCCCCCUCAACUCAUCUCAAUGCUGAGGCUGAAAACUUUCAAGGAGGACAUGAGGCGGGCUGCAGAGGUGGAGCUCCAUGAUCCCGCUGUCUGCUCUGAGUGUGUGCAGGAACAGGCUUCUCUGGCCUUGACAAGUUUUAUCAGGAGGAAGGAGACACAACUGCAGUCCCAAACACUGAAGGGCAGACUAAACACACACUUGAGCUAUGGAGAGUGUGGAGGCAGUGGGAGUUGGUGCAACAUCUCUCAAAGCCCUCCGAUGCCCCUCACUGGAUUUGGGAGGAACUACUUGGUGGAGAUGUGCGGGUCACAGCAACCUGGGGUUGCCUUAGCAACACCUAAGGAACGUGGAGUUACCCUGGCAACAGAUGAAAGGAGGGGUUACCCUGACAAAAACGCUACAGGAACUCAUUUAGCAAGACCUCGCUGUCCUUUUUCAGACAGAUAGCUGCAGGCAUGAUGGGCGCAGUAUUAAUACAAUGACAGGGAUAAUGUUGUGGCGGAGUCAAACAUGUUCCUAUCUCUUUAUUUUGACACAGACUAAACCCACCCAUUUGCCCGAUAAACACUAAUCCAUAUGCUGAUGGUGGCGUCCUCGGUUGUCCUGCUCGGCUACAGCUGUGUUUAUGUUCACACUGCCUGAUAACACAAAUGUCUAGCUUUUGUUUUUGGGUGUAGAACAAAAGGAUGUGCUAACAAGGUUAGUACAAAAGAGCCAUUUAUUUUCUCAUCACUGUAUUAAAGUUAAACACACAACACUA